GUGUGUGACAAACUAUAUAUUUGACACUUUGAGGUAGUGUGCCCCCUUUGUGUCUGGUGAUGGUGUGCUAUGCUAUAAGAAAUCAUUAGUGACAGCAGUGGGUGACAUGUGGAAAUCUUUGGUGUCUCAUUGAGCACUGUGGCACUACUGGAUGACCCAGCAAGGCACUGUGCAAACCUGUGUGAGUGGCUUGUCUGUGUGUUGCUGAGAGGGUCACUGUGAUGGGGUGAUGCUAAGGUAAGGAGUAUGGCGGCGUGUGAGGCUGUGUGACUGCAGUGAAUAUAUCCAUGUAUAGGGCAUACCUAGAGGGACUGUCUUUUCCAGCAAUUGUGAAAGAAGGACAUGAUAGACACAGAAAAGAGGAGAGACACAGAAAACGGAGAGAGAAAAGGAGGAUGGGACAUCAGUUCAAAAGGAACCAGAGAGAAAAACGUAGGGCACAGGGCGUGGAGGCAGGUGGUGCUCAGAGGGAGGAGGCGGGUCCUGAGGGGCUGCACCCCAGGAGAGGGGGCGGGGCUGGGAAAGGGGAUCAGAAGCCGCCUCUCAGCCUGUCACUUCCAGCCAUCCCAGCCCAGAGCCGCAACAGCCACUUCCCACUACUACCCCGAGAUCCAGACGUGUUCCAGCCCCCAGUCCCCAACUCCUGCCUGGCAUUUAACCCCUUCCCUGCUGCAGCCAUGUCUAACAACAUGGCCAAGAUUGCUGAGGCCCGCAAGACGGUGGAACAGCUGAAGCUGGAGGUGAACAUCGACCGCAUGAAGGUGUCGCAGGCUGCGGCCGAGCUCCUGGCUUUCUGCGAGACCCACGCUAAAGAUGACCCUCUGGUGACUCCUGUGCCCGCCGCCGAGAAUCCCUUCCGCGACAAGCGCCUCUUUUGCAUCCUGCUCUGAGCCCUCCCCUGCCAAAGUAUGAAUCCAAUAAACUUGGUGACUGUA